AUGGUUGAUUUGAUAAGUAGUCUCCCAGAUGAAAUCAUUUGUUAUAUUCUUUCUUUUCUUCCAUCCCAACAAGUUGUUGCAACCACUGUUCUCUCUAAGCGUUGGAAUCUUCUAUGGCGUUCUGUUCCCUCUUUGGAUUUCGACACGGCUAUUGAAGAUUUUUGGCGUCGCCGAAAGACUUUCAAAAAGUUUUAUAGUUCGGUGUACUCUUUCUUGGUUGGUCGUGGAGAUCAACCCUUCUAUAGAAUUUGUCUCAGACACAUAUGUAACUCUUCCAUUGAUAUUACUAAGAGUAUCAAGACACAUAUUCGAACUGCAGUUAGUGGAAGUGAUAGAGUUCAAAUCCUCGACCUCAAGUUUCAUCGGGACAUUGUCAUUCCAUCUGUGGUGUUUAUGUUUAAAACUCUUGUAGUUCUCAAGUUGGAGAAAAUAACAGUGGAAGAUAUUUCCUUUGUUGAUUUGCCCUUGCUUAUGAUCUUGCAUCUAAAAAAUAUUAUUUCCCCAAAAAAAAUUGAUCUUCCACAUCUUUUUUCUGGGUGUCCUAAUCUUGAGGUCUUAAAAGUCUUAGAAGUGCGGCGUCAAACUAAAGGAAAGUUUAUCCGAUUGCCCAAGUUGGUCAAAGUCAGCAUCGAUAAACCUUUACUUCCAUUGGAAAUAUUUAAGGAUAUCGAAGUUUUGAAAAUGCCUAUAUUUCAACCAAACCUGAAUUUUGACUUUCACAAUUUAGUUGAACUUCAAUUGAAAGUGGCCUUGGAUUGGCUUCUGGUCUUGAAAGUGCUCAAUCAUUGUCCCAGGCUUCAAAAUCUUGUCAUUGACAUUUCUAAGGUUUAA